ACCGAGCUCAUUUGUGGGUUUUUGGUUUUUUGAUUGUUGCGGGGCGACGAACUCGUGAGCUUUGAUGUAGUUGCAAUAAUGGGAUGGCUCAGCAUUGGGGAGGGGGGAGGGUCGUAGCGGAAGUGUUGUCUGUGAUGAGAGGUUGAUGAAGUGAAGAAGGCGCAGGUGUUUGGGCUCGUGCUCGUUUUUUCGGUGCGUGUUUUUGAACGGAUUUGCUGAAGAAUGGAGUACAGGAGCGGAGAGAAAGAUUGGGAGGGUUGAUAGGUUCGUGGGGCGUGAGCGAGAAGACAGGCACUGCGUUGUAGUGACGCUACAGGGAGACGGAGUUUAGGACAGAGCACGCGGAGGAUUAGGGUAGCGCUGGGAGGAUGGCAAGCUUGAUUGCGAAGGGAAAGAGCUGUAAUAGCAAUGACAAUGUGCAACAGAGGUCGUCUGCCUGCUCAUCCGCCCCGGAGUCGGACGAGGAUACCUCGCACCAUCUACCUCCUGUUCACGGACGAACAGGAGGCCCAACUCGACGAUCUUCAAAGGGAGGAUGGACACCAGAAGAGGAUGAGACUCUGAGACGAGCUGUGCAAUGCUUCAACGGAAAGAACUGGAAGAAAAUUGCGGAGUUCUUCACGGAUCGAACAGAUGUGCAAUGCUUGCACAGAUGGCAAAAGGUUCUCAACCCAGAUCUGGUCAAGGGUGCAUGGACCAAAGAGGAAGAUGAUCGUAUUAUGGAACUUGUGAACAAGUAUGGAGCCAAAAAAUGGUCUGUUAUAGCUCAAAACUUACCGGGUCGAAUUGGAAAGCAGUGUCGCGAAAGGUGGCAUAACCAUCUUAACCCCAGCAUAAAGCGUGAGGCUUGGACUCAACAAGAAGAUUUAGCGCUGAUCCGCGCCCAUCAAUUAUAUGGAAACAAAUGGGCCGAGAUAGCCAAGUUCUUGCCUGGGCGUACGGACAACUCGAUCAAAAAUCACUGGAACAGCACUAUGAAGAAGAAAGUGGAUCCGUUGACCGCAAAUGAUCCAAUCUCAAGGGCGCUCGCUGCUUAUCAAGCCCAGCAGGAGCAGUCGAUGAAUUCAGGUUCUGGGGCUGGACAAGUUGACUCUGGAAGCAUCGGAGGUAGAACUGGUCCACCUAUGAGUGAGACAACCACAUCUUCCGAUCCAAGCAGGCACAACUCGAACACUCGUGGUUUAGGCCGCACAUCCCAUUAUGUAGAGCAGGACACGAAGUCUACUGGAUCAGCACCCCCUCCACCUUACCCAGAUAUUUAUCCCAAUCGUGGGAAGGAUCAGCAGAGGAAUGCAAGUCACCUUCAACCGAAGAAAGAAGAGUCUGAUCAUGACCUAAUUGGGCAGUCACUAGGAUUCUCUGGCUGGUCUUCCGGCCAAUUACCAGUGUAUUCUGGUGGGUUCUCGGGAGUAUCUUUAGGUACAUCGUCGCUAUCUAAUUCAGUUACCGAACAGUUAGUACCGUCAGUGCAACAUAAACGAGCUAUGUCGAACAUUGAGCUCACUCGGAUUGCUUCUUUCUCGAAUUCGUUUCCUCGGAUCCCUGCUCCAGAGUCCAGCUCCCAAGCUUAUCGAAGCUCGUCAAUGUCCGUCCCGCUACCGGAUUUGGGUUCUCUCUUCGCUUCUAGUCACAUGCCCAUGGCGGCGCACAAUGACACUCAACCAUUGUCUUCUUUUAACGGCACAGGGGUACCACCUGGUGAAGAGACUUUGGCCAUGAUGGGGUCAAAGCAGAACUAUGAGCCUUUGAGGAGAUGCAACCUUCCCCCUAGUCAACCCUCUGAGGGUGAUGCUGCCUUUGAAGACUCCGGAGCUUCUGUCCGGUGUGACUCCCAGAUGGCAGAACCUAUGGACAAGGCCAUGGACCAGGAUGUGUCCGAGUUUCCAUCCGAUAAUCUCCUCCGGGAUUCUAGUGAGGCAGUCAAUGAGUACCAGUCACAAUCUCCGAUGCUUACGGAGGAAGAUCUGGAAGAUAAAGGCGACAGUAGCAGAGUUCAGGAUCGUGAUGGCUUGUUCUAUGAGCCUCCGCGAAUCGUCGACCCUCCAUUCAUGAAUUACGACUUGGUGAGUUCGCUCAACGCUUACAGCCCUCUGGGUGUUCGCCAGAUGAUAAUGCCUGCUGGCAACUGUAUAACUCCUCCCAACUACCUCCAGUCACCUUUCCAAGGGAAGAGUCCUCAGUCCAAACUUCGCAGUGCUGCUAAGAGCUUCAGCGGGUCACCCUCCAUCUUACGGAAAAGGCCACGCCAGAUUUUAGUACCCUCAAGAACAGGAACUACUGGGGACAAGCUAGAUACUAAGUUCAGUGAAGCCCAUACCAGCUUAGGUAAGGGGGAUGCCUCCGGUGCUACUGCAGGUGGUAAUUCCCUUAAAACACCUGCAGGAGCUUCUCAGUCGAGUUUGGCUAACAAACCUUCCAAAGCAGCUGGUUCGCAACAAGCUUGUCUAGCGAGGACUGCACUCUUUGUAUCUCCAGCAAGUAAACCUUCAAACAGGGUUGAUAACGAAGUUUCCAGGAAAACCGACAAUCAGUCUCAGGAGUGCACCACGGACAGUAAUGGUGGAGGUGGGGCCGGUGGCGCUUCACUCCCUAUUCGAGAUGGGAGGCAGGGAUCUGCAUGUGGCAAUGUAUCACGUGAUAAUAUUGGUGUGAAAAUCAAUAAGAGAGGGAGGUCUCUUGGUUCAAAUCUUUACCGUGGUGUAAGUUCUGAACGGCAGAAUGGGACACAAGUUUGUAAGCAGGAAGGUUCUGUGCUGACGGAGCAGCAACAGAACGGACAAAAUGGGCAUGAGGAACCAAGACCUUCAUGCGAUACCACCGCUGUCGGGUCAGGAGACACUAUCGGAGGUUCCAUUUCUGGUAAAGUUUCGGAAAAAAGAGAGUUCUCGUCUCCUGGUAAUGCAGCCACUCUCAGCUCAUGGGGAUCUGUGACUUGUGCAAUGGCGGCCUGCUUCAGCCCGGGUGUCACAAUUUUCCAGCACACGCCCGGAAAAGAUUGGCUGCAAGAUUUAGAUACCGCGAACAUAUUUGCCUCUCCUAGGUUUCCAUCACCUAGAUUUGCAUCUCCAAUAUGGAGGUCGCCAUGGAAAUUAGACCCGUUUCCUUCCGCUCAGAAGGAGGGAGCCUUGUCCUUCAUGGAUGGCUUGGAAGUUCCUCUGGAAGAUGGGUUGGAUGAUGCGUUAGGUUUAAUGCGGCAAAAUAAUGAACACAACACCCCCGCCUACAGUGAAGCGGAAGAAGUGCUGGCUAAACAGCCUUCAGUCCAACACGUACCUUCUCCCUUCUCUGGAUAUUGCUUGCGGACCAGUUCAAGUCGCAAAGUGCAUGAUAUGAAAGAGAAUAGGAGGGGCUUGGUUGAGAACGAUGGACAUGGAUCAACCUUCGUCAAUUGGCUCUUGCCCUCACCAGAACAUGGGAUUACUGGAACCCCUGUACGUGGCGCAUCUACACUUGGUUUAAAUGCGGGAGGGGAGGAUACCCACAUGUUAGGAGGUGGUGGCUGUGAGCAAUUCAGUCCAUCCAUGUAUUUAUUGAAAGAGUGCCGGUAAACUUCCCUUAUUUUUUUUUAAAAAAAAUUCCUCUUAAAUUGGACGCUAAAUGCAGCAACAGACCUUUCGCGUGCAGUUUGCAAUUGUAAUUGAAGCUUAUAAAUUGAAGCUUAGCGAUGAGGGUUGACAGUUCACGGACUUCCGUAGGUAACCUGCAGGGUCAUCUUAGGUUAAAACUGUCAGGAUGUCGAGGCAUUAGUUCAAUUCUGUAUAUCUUAAAAUCUAAAUGAGUGUAGAGAAUCUGGAGAGCGAGUAGUGCACCUCAAGCAAGAUUUGCAGCAUCGUUUGUUUGCGGAGUGUGUGAUUCCUCAGGGUCAUAGCCAAGAGUAGCUUAAGAUAGCGAUUGUCUGGGUGGACUCUGUGUGGUUAGUUGGUUGUCCUCAGCGUUUAUUUGAACACACCUUAGGUUUCGUUUGGGUUCCACUUUUGCUAGGCCGCUUCAACCCUGCAACCCCUUGCAGUAGACUGGGCAGGGCUAGUGGGAGGGCUAAACCUGUUUAUAAAAACCUCUUCUGAAGAAGCUUUUGUCCUUAUAUA